AUGAGUUUAUAUGAAAUGCACUAUGUUUCAAAUGCGUCCGAGAAAUCUCGGGUAAAAGCACAACAAGCGAUAUUACAAAAAGCAUUGCAAGAGCUAUCUAUCAAAAGCAAAUUGGAGCAGCAAAGUGAGCAUGAAAAGCUAUUAUCAAAGCAGCAUGUAAGAGCCGUUUCAGGAAAACACACUGCCGCCAACUUUGAUCUGUGGCUACAUUCAACAAACUACACAGUAGUGACAAACGAAUGCAGACCUUACUCUCCUUACUGUUCUGGAGAUACCAUCAUCUCAGAUGCAGCUUCAACUUCUACCCGUCGCUCAAACAGACAGAGAACACCGUCGAUGGUGUCAGUCUCCUCGUCAUACAUGUCAGACAAUACAGCAAGCAGCUGCUAUAGCAGAGAAGAUGGCAGUAGCUAUUCUACUCCAACAUAUACUUUAACUGAAAGAGACAUUUAUGGGUUCAAAAGACCAACGCAAUGGAUCAAAGCAUCCAAAUUAAUCGAAUUUGUGCAGCGUUAUAAACUGAUACAAGAAAAGCAAACUAAAAGUUGGAACAAAUUGCUUGCCAACAACGAACAGCAGUGGCCAGACUUGUGUCCACAAUUAAGUCGUUAUGUCAGAAAGGGAAUCCCACACGCGAUGAGAGCCAAAGUCUGGAUGCAUUACAGUGGCGCCAACAAGAAAUUACAAGAAAAUUCAGGCCGAUACUCAUUAUUCUUGGAAAUCGUGGAGAGCGAUGAUGCCAACAACGAAUACGCAGAUGCCAUCAGCAAGGAUCUCCACCGCACGUUUCCUGACAAUUCGAAUUUUGCCUGUGAUAUUCAGCAUCCAGAUGGAUCGACAACAGUGGAGCCACGCUCAAAUGAAAAAAUCCAACAACUACGUCGAGUUUUGCUUGCUUUCAGCGCUCAUUCGCCAAACAUAGGCUACUGUCAAUCACUCAACUUUUUGGCGGGAUUCUUACUCUUGUUUUUGAGUGAGGAAGAGACAUUUUGGAUGCUGGUCACCAUUGUGCAUGACAUUUUCCCUCAGAAUAUGUUUGAUACUACCAUGGCAGGAGCCAAUAUUGAACAGACGGUGCUCAUGAUGAUGGUCUAUGAGAAAAUGCCGGGUGUUUGGGCCAAGAUUGGCAGUAAAAGAUGCUUCUGGGAAUGCGAACAGAAUGACGAACUGCCUCCCAUCACCCUGAUGACCAGCCAUUGGUUCUUGACGCUCUUUAUCAACAUUCUUCCUGUAGAAACCGUGCUUCGUAUCUGGGAUUGCUUCUUCGUUGGAGAAGGUUGCAAGAUGCUAUACAAAGCAGCAUUGACCAUCUUGAAACUGAAUGAGCAGCGCAUUCGGAAUGCAGAAGAUUCAGUAGAUACAUUUCAGCUUCUUCAGAACAUGCCCAAGAGGCUGAUUGACUGUGAUCAAUUCUUAAAGUGUGUCUUUUCUCCUGAAAACGAUGUUGCUCAGUUAUCCGACGAGGAUAUCGACAGUAAGAGAACCUUGUUCAAGAGUCGUAAAAUCCAGAGAGAGCUGAAUCUCAGGGUUUAA